CACCCUCGAGGCACCACCCUUGUUCGCCCCCCCCCCCCCCUGUCGGCUUGGCUUCCCCAGACCCGGAACAGCCAAGAUGAACGCCUCGUCUGCAGCAAUAAUAACUGCCCUCCCCGUCGGCGCGCCCGCUCGUCCGUUCUGCUUCCCCUUCCUUCCCUCCUUCUCCCCACGAACCGUCCAUGCCGACGUCGUAACAGAAAGCCGCUCUCGGAACCGCUUUCGUCCUCUCGUUCACUUCCGCGCAACCAACUUACCGCUUCACUCUUUCAGCGGGCAUUCUUUUUUUUUCUUGUUUUACGACUCCACUGCUACUACUAUCCAUCACGAUGAAGGGUGUGUUUGCUGCCGCCGCCCUAGCGGCCAUGGCGGGCAGCGUCAGCGCUGGUGGUCACCACCGUCAUGCUCACGAGGCCCUCUUCGCCAAGAGGGCCAACGACACGGCCGAAGUCUGCGUCCCCGGCUGCACCACCAUCUGGAAGACGAUUACCGGCGAGCCUACCCUCGUGCCCAUCUCCACCGUCACCGCCACCAGCACCAAGACCAGCACCGUCACGCGCACCCAGACGCCGACGCAGGCCCCGCCCGCCACCACCGAGGUGGUCGUCGUGCCGCUCCCGACGCCUCAGCCGCGCACCUGCCCGACGCCCGGCACCUACACGUUCCCCGCCACCACCAUCACCGUCACCAAGGCCACCACGGUCUGCGGCGCCACGUCCACCGCCGUGCCCCCCGGCACCCACACCGUCGGCGGCGUCACCACCAUCGUCAAGACGGCCACCACGGUCAUCUGCCCCGUCGCCACCGUCUCGACCUCGGGCACCGUCACCACCAGCACCAUCGUCCAGACCACCUUCGUCUGCCCCACGCCCGGCACCUACACCAUUGCUCCCACCACCCACACCGUCUCCGAGUCCACCGUCCUCGUCUACCCCGUCCCCAGCUCCAUCAACCCGGGCACCUACACGGCCCCCGAGCAGGUCAUCACCGUCACCAAGACGGGCUACGUCACCUACUGCCCCUUCACCAGCUCCGGCCUCCCCACCACCACCCCGGCUCCGGCUCCGGCUCCCCGGCCUACCAAGUCGGCCCCGCCGCCGCCGCCGCCCCCUCCCCCAGCUUCCACCAAGGAGGCGCCCAAGCCCAGCUCGUCCCCCAAGACGCCCUCGGGCAGCAUCGGGAGCAACAACGACCAGUUCGGCAUCACCUACACGCCCUACGAGCCCUCCAACGGCCAGUGCAAGGACGCCGCCAAGGUCGACAACGACAUUGCCACCCUCAAGAAGGCCGGCUUCGGCAACGUCCGCGUCUACUCCACCGACUGCAACACGCUUGAGAAUGUUGGCUCGGCCUGCAAGAAGCACGGCGUCGACUUGAUUGUCGGUGUCUUUGUCAAGGGAGGCUGCACCCCCGACACCCCCGACAUCAAGGAGCAGAUUGACAAGCUUGCCGCUUGGGACGGCUGGAGCAUGGUCAAGCUCGUCGUGGUCAGCAACGAGGCCAUCAUGAACGGCCACUGCUCCGCCAGUGAACUCGUCACCCUCAUCAAGACUGUCAAGUCCAGGUGCUCGUACCAGGGCCCCAUCACCAUCUCGGAGACGCUCGACGUCUGGCAGCGCAACGACGUGUCGAGCGCCCUCUGCGACGUCGUCAGCAUUGUCGGCGCCAACGUUCACCCGUACUUCAACGCGGCCGUGACCCCCGACAAGGCCGGUGAUUUCGUCAGCAACCAGCUCAGCCUCCUGUCCAAGAUUUGCCCCGGCAAGGACGCCAUCAACCUUGAGUGUGGCUGGCCCAGCCAGGGCACGUGCAACGGCGAUGCCUGCCCCGGCAAGUUGGAGCAGAUCAAGGCCAUCGCCUCGAUCCGCAAGAGCUGCGGCAACAAGACCGUUUUCUUCUCCUACGAGGACGACCACUGGAAGGAGCCUGGCAAGUGCCAGUGCGAGCAAUACUGGGGUGCCGCCGCGGCCUUUGCCAACCUGUAAGGGGGCCGUGGAUACCAGCCAGGGUCUCCCGCAGGCCUCCAGGUAACAACCUACCGAAUGUAUAUGAACGAAAGCAACGUCCAAACUCGGCCCGGUCCAGGCGGACUGCCCCUCGCCGACAUGCCAUUGCGACGCGACGCGACGCGACGCGGCCCUCGACCUCGCUUCACCAGGCUCUAGAUGGGAGUAGGUAGGCCUUUUUGGCAGCGGCGAAACGGGCUCUCCCCCGCGAGGCCAGGGACGGACGAUGCCUCGGGUCCGACUACUUUCCAUAUCAGGUGCACGUGGAGUUCUUGGCCUCUUUGGCAUGGUGUAUAUGUGUCCAGCUUCAGGACAGGGGGUUUCUGCAUGUCCGCGGCGACUGCGCGCGGGUCCUUUCCUUGUUGUACAUUCGGCCAUCUCAUUCAACGGCUGUAAUUUAUUAGUGUCUAUUAUGGGACGACCUGCUUUCACACCUUUUGUGGGCG